UUUUAGCAAAUGAUGAAUGGAAACAAGAUCCGGCAUCUCAAUACUAUGAUUAUAUUAUGAUUAAAAAAAGAUUGACUCAUCUUAAAGACCUUCAUGAAAGAAAUGAUGUUUUAUCAAUGAUUUAUAAUUUAAGAUCAGGUCUUUUACGGAAUUUGGGAGGUAUAAACGAUCCAAGAUUAUUUUGUAGAUCAUACUUAGGAACCAAAAGAUUGAUAGAAGAUUAUACAAAAGAGGUGGUAACGCAAUUAGAAUAUAUAUCAGAAAAAGAUUUCAUAGAUCUUCCACAAUAUUCAAAAAUAGAAUUUUUAAGUGAUACCCGUCAAUCAUUCGGUUGUACCGCUUUGGUAUUAUAUGGUGGAGCAACAUUUGGUUUAUAUCAUUUAGGAGUUGUUAAAGCUUUAUAUAAACAUGGCCUAUUACCUAGAAUUAUUAGUGGUACAGCCAUUGGAGCUUUGAUAGCCGCUUUAGUUUGUAUUAGAACUGAUGAUGAAUUACCAAGUAUUUUUGAAGAAGGUGGUGUAGAUUUAGGUGCCUUUGCUAAGAAAGGAAAGAAAGGAAAUAUAAAAAGGAAAAUAAGUAGAUUCUUAAAACAUGGUUAUUUUAUGGACGUCAAAGUGUUGGAAGAUUGUGUUCGAAGUAACGUUGGAGAUCUCACAUUUGAAGAAGCAUACGCUAAAACAAAAAGGAUCUUAAACAUCACAGUAUCAUCAACUAGAAAAUAUGAAGUUCCUCAACUACUUAACUAUUUGACCGCACCUAACGUAUUAAUACGUAGUGCAGCUUGCGCUUCUACUGCUAUGAUGGGACUUUAUGAUAGUGUUGAUCUGUUGGCCAAAGAUAAAGCUGGAAAUAUUGUGAAAUGGGCUCCAACUGAAAUUAAAUGGAGAAAGUGGUCGGAUACAGUUCCGACUGAGAGUGAAUCUCCGUUGACAAGAAUUUCAGAAUUGUUUAACGUCAAUCAUUUCAUCGUCUCUCAAGCAAAUCCGUAUAUCGCUCCUUUCAUAGCAAAGGAACAAUUUGGUAGUAAUAUAUUGAUUAAAUGCGCUCAUCUUUUUUCUACUGAAUUUAGACACCGAAUCAAUCAACUUGGACAUAUGGGUUUACUUCCAAAAAAUUUCCGAGGUUUGAUUGAUGAAAAGGUUUCGGGAAAUGUUACCAUUGUUCCUUAUCUUACAUUCUCGGAUUUUAAAACCCUGUUCUCUAAUCCAAGUUAUUCAUCUUUGGACUAUUGGAUUUCGAAAGGAGAACAAUCUACUUGGCCUAUGUUGGCACUAAUAAGGAAUAGAUGUAUAAUUGAAUUGGAACUUGACAGAAUUAAUUUGAAAUUGAAAGCGGAGCGUCCUUACUUUAUUUAUCUACAUACUAACAAAGAGAAUGGAAGAAAGCGCACAAAGUCUAUUCACUAAAUUAAAUGAAUAAUUCAAAAUUAGAUAUAACGCAAAUAAAUAAUAAAUAAAAA